AUGGCUCUGCCGGGUCAGCCACUACAAGUGGACGGAAGGGGAGGGUCGAAGCGAACGCGCCAUCGCAAUCCCGCAGACGACAGAGCAUCGAAACGAAGAAAACAUGCGCCUUACAGCGGGCGAAGCGCCGCCAGGCCACUCACGUCCGGUGAACUCCUUUGGGGCGCAACGUCUACCUCCUCGCUAUACUGCAGCGAAAUGGACAAGGACAUAUUUGGCAUAAGCUUCGAGUGGACGGAGAACGAAAGUGAGGUGCCAUCUCAAUUCCAGGCCGCACAGCUGAGCACCGCGAAAAAGUUGAAGCGCUACGGCGUCGCUAAGCUAUACGCAAUAAAAGCGCUGCUUGAGCCGUACGAAGUGCGGCCAUGGAGGCGAGGGCAAAAACAGAAGCUUCAGCUACGAUAUGGACAUGCCGCGUCGAUGGUGGCUACAGAUGGCGUCUUCCGAGACUCAGACGCAGAUUCAGCAAUAGCAUAUACCGACUUUGCGGAGCUGCAAAACAGAAAGGAGACGCACAUCAUAACUCUUCUACAAAAAGCCGAAGGAGAGAAGGAAACCACAGCACGUAUCGCUGAGGAGCAACGGCGCAUCAAGCCCAAGAAAGCAGAAGAGGACGCGCAAAUAGCAUUGAUUAUGGCAGCGAUGGCGCAGGAGAUGUUGAGGAGCGGUGAACCGAACCAAUUGAGUGCGUGGGUGAGGGCCAUUGGCAUGAGCAAGACAGAGAUCUUUCUGUACCGAGCCUUGGUUCCGAGAAAAUUUGUGGAAACAUUCGAUGCAAGUGCGGGAUUCGUCAUACAGUAUCGAAGCGCUUCGUUGAAUGAUCAGAGCGGAGUCUUGCAGCAGCUUGAUCGCUUGCUGAGGGAAAAACGUCCGCCUGGUGACCAGCCCGGCGCGGCUGAGGAGGCAAAAUGUUGA